GUUGGUCUGUAGGCAAGAACAUCUCAGCAGAAGAUUAUUACAAUGAAAAAUAUAAUAGGUUUCUUAACGUGGGUCACUGUGGUCCUGCUAACUACAGACACAAACCGCAGUGGUGCAGAUUCUACAGCUACAUUUAAUGAUCCCUGCACCAACUACACUGCUCUGGAUCAACCCUGGAGAGCCACUAAUGCAACUGGACUGUGGAUCUGUGACAGAUUAUUCAACUGGACUGGCUGGUAUCGUCUGCUGUAUUAUGGGAUGAGCGUCCGUAUGGCAGACAGCUGUGUUAAUCGGUCAACAUGUGGUACUGAUAUCACUCUGUGGCUGAAUGGAUCUCAUCCUCAGACAGAGGAUGGAAUAGUCACUCGUGGGGUCUGUGGGAGGUCAGGAAGUGACUGCUGUUACUACAGAUCCACCCCAAUUCGGGUAAAAGCAUGUCUAGGAAACUAUUACGUCUAUGAGUUCGUCAGGCCAAACUCCUGUGUUGCUGCUUAUUGUGCAGAUGUGAACACCAUUACUCCGACCACCGUCCCGACGAAUGUGACCAGUGUUGCUGCAUCAAAUAUAAACACUACCGACACUGCAAACAACAUGACUUUUGACCCCUGCAGUGUCUACAGUGUUCUUGAUAAUGACUGGAGAAGGACAGACAGUGGGCUCUACCGUGGUAGCUUUGAUGACACCCUCAUUGAAUGGAGCGGCUGGUAUCGUCUGUAUCUUCAGGGAAAUAGUGCUCAGAUUCCUGAAUCUGAUUGGUGUUGGAGUUUUGUGACCUGUGGUGGAUACACUGCCCUUUUACUUGGUGGAUCUCAUCCUCGAUCACAGGACGGCAUCGUCACCAGAGAAAUAUUUGGAACAUGA